AUGACGCCGCUCAUCGUCGAGAGCUGGAUCUGGUGGGCGACGGUCAUCUUCGUUGCCGGCAGCAGAUUGUACGACUUCGCCAGCCAUUAUGUGAUAUGUCAUUCUCUCCGCUAAUCCUGACCCUUUGCUAGCAUCUCGAGACGUAUGGCCUUGGGCUCGUUCAAGCGAUACCAGAGCGAUGACUAUGGCAUGAUGGUCGUGCUGUGCUUCUAUACAACUGUGGUGCGUCGUGAGCAACAGCCGUCCCUGGAUCUGUCCUCGCGCUGACGAUUCAUUGGAAGAUUGCAACCAUCAACAUUGUCAACGAUAAAGGCUCCAAUUUGUUCCCUGCCGGCUUCGACAUCGGAACGUUGAGCGACCAUGAACGUAACGACAGGAUAUUCGGCAGCAAACUUGUUCUGGUUGUGGAACAGAGCCAAUGCGUUACUGUAAGUCUGCCUCGACGGCACUGACUGGAGACGUAUUCUGACAGUCCGACCUUCAGAUCUGGGGAGCAAAGAUCUGCCUGCUCAUUCUCUACCUGCGACUCACUACCCUUCGCUGGCAAAACAUCGGCAUCAGAAUCCUCCUCGGAUAUGUCGUCGGCUCGUUCGUGGUGAUGGACAUCCUGUAUUUUGGCGUGUGGUGUCGACCCUUCUACGAAUACUGGGCAAUCCCCACCAAUAGCUCGCAGUGUAAUGCGGCCACGAAUCAUCUCAUCACGAACGCCGUGUUCAACCUUACCUCGGACGCUAUCUUGCUGGCUAUUGGUCUGCCCAUGUUUAUGACGAUGAAGUUGCAAUGGUACGUCUCAUGCGCUUUCGUCCAUGUCCAUGUCCACGCUGACGCGCGACACCAGGCAGAAGAAGCUUCCUCUGGUCCUGAUCUUCUCCUUAGGGGUCUUCGUGAUACUUGCAGCCGUCCUCAACAAGAUCCACUCUUUCUUUCAGCCGUUUGGAAGCAUGUGGAGCUUCUGGUACAUCAGGGAGAGUUCGACGGCCCUGCUGGUGGCCAAUCUUCCCUUUGUGUGGCAAAUCUGGCGCAAGAUUGUUAGGUUCGAUACUAUCGCCGGUGCCACACGGCGAAUGACCACGGAUCGAGGAUCGGGCGAAGUGAAUCCUUCGAUUGAGCGCGACAACAACCGGCGCAAUAAUGGCGCACUAAAUUUUGCGCGUCUUGCCCGGUGGCCUUCAGAUGAGCAUGAUCAUCCCGAAGAGAGCGCAGAAAAAGAUCACUGUCGACAUGGGUCUUGGAAGCAGCACGACACGAGGCAGACUCGGGGCGAUCCUUUCAGCCUAGGGCUUUCGCCUUGGAAGAGCGAAGGAGACAUGCCAACGUCUCCACAGGAGAAGGCGGUGACGAAGAAGUCGUCAAAAUACGGAGGCUUGCGCCGAGUAUCGGAUGAUCCACGGCCAUACAGCGUCUCAGGGUCGUUCGCUCCAGCGUCGUUGGACCAGAGCAAUUCGGCAAAUUCAUUCGUCUGA